AUGGCAGGCGCAGCAUCCCCGAGAAAAAGCAAAGGAGGCGACGCUGCUGCGUCCCAAGAGCGCGUCGGGCCUCGGCAGCGCGGCGUAAAGCGCGACCAGGACGACUCUCCAGAGGAUAUGGUGCCGAGCACACAGGCUACGAGUCCGAGCUCCCAUGUGUCCCCUGGCAACUCGGUGUCGGAUGAGAAGUCCCUCGCUCCGAAACGCGUGAAGAGGGAGCGCGGUCCGCAGGGCGAGGUCGCAUCGCACGCAAAAGCGGAGGGGAAACGUAACUUGAGGGACGCGCUCUCUGAGUCCGAGAAGCGAACAGCAGCCGACAAAGCGGAGAAACCCUCUGGAAACAGUAAGGCCCGCGCUCUCGUCUCUCAGGCUCCGCCGAAGAAGACGGCUCAGACGACGCCCCCGACGGACAAGGACGACGAGAAGGAAGAGCACUGCCACGACCCCAGUGCUGAAAAGGGUAGUGACGACGAAGAGAGCCGUGAGAAAGACACGACGAAAACGGUGGAACGCGCAGGAGAAAAGACUCGCACUGGGGGCGAAGCCAAGAAAAAACUCAAGACGAAGGGGGGGAAAGCCAAGGGUGGAAGUACCGACGAGUCAAGCGAUGACAUGCAGAAGGACGGAGCAGCCAAGAAGGGAGGCAACGCAGCUAAGCGUGCAGCAGGCAAGAAACAAGCACCCAGCUUGCCUGCGGAGAUCGACGAACUUUUUCUCAAGCACAGAGCGUUGGCGGGAAAGACGCGGAAGUUUCUCGGCGCCCAUAUCUCGGCUUCUGGGGGUGUUCAGAACGCCCCUUUAAAUUGCCUGGCCAUUGGAGGACAAGCGUUCGCGUUCUUCCUGAAGAAUCAGCGCCGCUGGGACUCCCCCCCCAUCAGCGCGGAAUCGGCGGAGGGUUUCAAAGCCGAAGUGGCCAAGCUGAAGCUCGACGGCCCGCAGCAUGUCUUGCCUCACGGAUCGUACCUCAUCAACUUGGCGAACCCAGGCAAGUUUGUUCACGGGCAUCUGCGAGUUCCGGUGUCGAGACCUCGCAGUCUGGUGAACAUUCUAACCGCAGACAGGGACGUGACGGGGCCCGCGCCCCAGACCUCUAUAGGCAAGCAGGCGGCUUCUGCGUGUGCCCGGCCGAGACGCGUCGUCGGCUUUUUCAGACGCGUGAACGAACAGUAUGUGCCUUUUUCUGUGCUGCAUCAGAUCCGGCGAAACGGAAAGUGUCGUACACCGCGUUUCUUGACGACCUACAGAGGUGCGAGCAGAUUGGAGUUCAUCGAUACGUCUUCCAUCCAGGAAAGCCUCAACAAGGCAAUCGCUGCAACCAAGAGUGUGACGAUUCUACUAGAAAACAUGGCGGGCCAGAAGAACGUACUGUGCAGCGAGUUCGAGGACCUCAGAGACAUCAUCGCCCUCGUGGACAAGAAAGAUCGCAUCGGCGUCUGCCUGGAUACGUGCCAUCUGUUUUCUGCUGGCCACGAUAUUCGAACGGAGGAAAAAUUUGAAGCUGUGAUGAAAAAGUUCGACAGCAUCGUCGGCAUGAAAUAUCUGAAAGCCAUGCACAUCAACGAUUCCAAAGCUCCUCUAGGAAGCGGCCUGGACAGGCACGAGCACAUCGGCAAGGGCACUCUCGGCCUGGCCCCGUUCAAGUUCAUUAUGCAACACCCAACGUGGUUCAAGGACAUGCCUCUGGUGCUAGAGACACCGGAAGUCGACGACAACGGUCCCAAACUGUGGCGGAAAGAGACAGAGAUGAUGUACAAAUUCACUGAAGAGUGA